AGUAUAAAUUAAUUGAAUAUUUCGAGACAUGGACAAGAAGUAAACCCUCUUUCAGGAAUAAUUUUUGUAGGGGUUUAUUUAGAUGCCCUCGUGAUUUUUGAAUGGCUUGGCUGAUUUGGCUUGGUGCUUACUGCUUUUAGAGAGAUACUGAACUUGAACAUGAACCGACCGAAAAUGGGAAAACUUCACAGAAAGUCGUUCUUGAUGUCCUUGAGUAGAAAUAAGCACCUGAUCAGGCUUAAAACUAAGAAAAAGGCCAAACAAGUGUUGCAGGACCUCAACUUCAGACUCAACAAGCUUGAAUUCGAAAAGUUCAAAUCUAAGCCGAAGGAGAAUUUUGACGACCAAGAAUCCUUAACGCCAUCCAUUAAGAGAGUCAGAGACAGAAGAUCUGUGGGACAAUGAGUUGAUAAUGCACUCUAUGGAGACCAUGACUUCACUCAUAUCCAAAACCCGGCUAGGAAUGUUAAAAAGCAUUCUAAAUAAGAAUCUGUAUAAAUAAGCUCAGUUCUAUAAGGGACGACCAGCCUGAGUUUAACGUUACAGUGAAUAAGUGCGAACAUGUUUCUAGUAUCUCUUCGACAAUAAAACUACUUCAAUUAUCGAGUGUUUUUAAUCAUGAGGAGUCUCGUGAUAAAAACAGACUGAGUCCUGAUUCUACCUUUAAGCCAAAUAACUUGAGGAUUCAAAAAUAAGCACAUGAGUGAAGGAACUCUGAAAAUGCUUGCAAAGCCUGAGAAGCCGAAGUUAUCAAUCAACACAAAUUUUAAAAACAGUAUCUUUGAUCUAAACAAAGCAAGUUGAUUUAAGCUAAACAGAAAAUCUACGGGAAUGCUGAGCUCAGAUAUCGUCUCUAAAGGCACUCAAAAUCAUCGGCUGAGAAGAAUGGAAAAUAAUCUAAUUUUUACUCAAAAUCGGUAUGGAGGAUCUAAGACUCCACUCCCCUUACGGAGCUUAAACCAAAGUUUCAGCACUGAUGAGCAGACUCCGAAUGCAGCAAUGAACACGCUAGACUUCAUCAAGAACGAAUCAAGGAUACUAUACAACAAGAGGAUCGAAGAAAACCGUAUUCUUAGACACUCUAGCAAGAAGCUUAAGAAAUUGAAGAAAUAUGGUAAAAUAAAGGUUUUGCACUUGAGGAAUAAAAUUUCGUGCUUAACCAGUAAGCCUAGAUAAAAUUAAAGAGUGCUCUAAUAAGCAAAUGUGGGAAUAUAAGCGGUAAACUACUUAAUAGUAU